CUCAGGUAAAGGUGAGAUGUGCUCUGUCGCGUCUCUCUUAGACAGGGAAGCAGAGCCGAAGUUUUGUUUACGACGCCUUUGUUUUAUUCUUCCAUGUUCGUGCUGACUGUGUAAAACGAAGAUACAUACAUAAAAUGGUGAAAGAAGAGCAGCCGGAGUCAGUGAACCGGCCUGACAACACCGCCUUCACUCAGCAGAGGCUCCCGGCAUGGCAGCCCAUGCUCUCUGCUGGCAUCAUCAUCCCGGGCUUUGUCCUCAUUGGUCUGGCAUUCAUCGGCAUCGGCGUGGCUCUCUUUGUCACUUCACGGAGCAUCCAAAUGUUGGAGAUGGACUACACUGGCUACGAGCAGAACUCCCCGUGCUUCAAGUGCUCUGAUGAAAGUGUCAAGAACUGCAUGUGCAACUUGGACUUCAACAUUGACACGCUCUUUAAGGGACCCGUGUUCUUUUAUUAUGGUUUGUCCAACUACUUCCAAAACUUCAGGAGGUAUGGUGUGUCAAAAGAUCUCGACCAACUGUCUGGAGACAUGGACGCAUUUCUGGACCCGACUAGCGACUGUGCUCCGUAUCAGUAUGACGGCAACAACAAGCCCAUUGUACCAUGUGGAGCGGUAGCAAACAGCAUGUUCAAUGACACCUUCAAGCUGUACCAGAUUGUCAAAGGGGUGAAAAAGCUAGUGCCCUUGGACGGAAAAGGCAUCGCGUGGUGGACUGAUUACAACAUCAAGUACAGGAACCCCACUGUGAAACCUCUGAAGAAUGCAUUUAAUGGUACUGUGAAGCCCUUAAAUUGGCCCAAGCCUGCGUAUGAGUUGGACCCUUCGGAUCCCGCCAACAACGGCUUCAUCAACCAGGACUUUCUGGUGUGGUUGAGGACGGCGGCGCUGCCCAACUUCAGUAAACUCUACCGACGAAUCACUGAGGGCGAUUAUGCAGAGGGUCUGCCCGCUGGAAACUACUCUCUGGAAAUUGCCUACAACUAUCCCGUGUUGAGCUUCGACGGCAGAAAGAAGGUGGUUUUCAGCAACGUGUCCUGGAUGGGUGGCAAGAACGAGUUCCUGGGCAUCGCCUAUCUCGUGAUUGGUUCAAUGUGUGUCGUCAUGUCCAUCGUCAUGCUCAUCGUCUAUGCUAAGUUUAAGUUCCCUGAGGAAGACUGAUCACGUUGCCUUGUUUUUACUCGUGGACUGAGAUCACAUACGUAGAAGAAUCCUGAUGUUAUUUUGCGAGGCAAGACUUGAAUUUUUACCAUUGACUGCAAUCGAGGAACUGGCUUUCCACAUUUACAAACGGCCUCUUGCUGGUAUCUCAGAUUUGUUACAUAUGCACGCCAAAUCACAUUGUAAGAUAUAUACUUUCUUUAAUCGUAAAGCCUCCAUUCAUCUUGUUAUAUGACACGAGGAGAGUAAAAGCAGUGCUGUGCUGAUAAUUGACACCAGUCUGUACAUGUGCUCCUUUGUAAAUUAUUAAAUGUGUUUUCAAGUUGGAGCAGCAGAGUUUGUGUAAGCAGGGUGUUUUUAGGAAGUCACUGAAGGCUCGUACUGCUCAUGUUUUUUUCAGACUUGUUUUUUUUUUCCAUCGUCAUAUGAUGAAAUACUGCCUGCCUCAUUUUAGUUCAAUUAAUGAUGUUGAAGCUAUUUAUUACCGGAGAAGUAGUUUCACUUUACUGUACAUGUGUGGGAUGCGUCGUGUAACUUGUAAUCUGGUUUCUCAGGGAUGGAUAUGGCGCACACGGGCUCUUCUCACUCUCUUCUUGUUCCUGUGUAUGCUCGGUUUGGAUUGCCAUCUUUGUUGAAAUUUGGUGUUUUUACUGUCCAUGUGCUUUUUAUUUAUUGAAUAAAAUGUUUGUCAUGCC